CUCGUACUUUCUCACACCACUAUCAAUAUUCUCUUAGCUUCUUCCACAUUUCAAUUUUCUCACUUCAGCUCCUCGAUCAAUCAUCAUCAUGGGUGUGUUCACUUAUGAUACUGAGUUCACCUCUGUCAUCCCACCACCAAGACUCUACAAGGCCUUUGUCCUUGAUGCUGAUAACCUCAUCCCCAAGAUUGCACCACAGGCUGUGAAGAGUGCCGAAAUUGUUCAAGGUGAUGGAGGUGUUGGAACCAUCAAGAAGAUUCACCUCGGUGAAGGAAGUGAAUUCAGCUAUGUGAAGCAUCAGAUUGAUGGACUUGACAAAGACAAUUUUGUGUACAACUACAGUAUAAUUGAAGGUGAUGCUAUCGGAGACAAAGUUGAGAAAAUCUCUUACGAGAUUAAGUUGGUGGCUUCUCCAAGUGGAGGAUCCAUCAUCAAAAGCACCAGCCACUACCAUUGCAAAGGUGAGGUUGAGAUCAAGGAGGAGCACGUCAAGGCCGGAAAAGAAAGAGCCGCUGGUUUGUUCAAGAUCAUUGAGAACCACCUUUUGGCCCAUCCCGAGGAAUACAACUAAACCUAUCUCUAUGAAGUAUGAAUCUAUGAUGGUGGUAUUGAGUGCUACUAUGCACCAUAAUAGUGUUGUGUCCUGCUCUUGAAUCUUGAUUCUGUCAUUGGUGUGGCUUUGUUAUUUUUUCCUCUUCUUUACAGAGAUUGUUUUGGCUUGUACUUCGGUUUAUAUAUGGCAAAUUGUAAUGUAUUAAUCCUGGAUUUGAAUUUAAAUAAAUAAACCAAAAAUCAUUUGGUAA